AUGUCACUGACAACUGUUGAAGGAAUUCAACCCAUUUCGGGAACCGGUCUGAACCUUCCUUCCUACCAAAAGGGCCUACAAACCAACGGGAAUGGGACUUCCAAUGGUGAUGGGAAACAAUAUCGCGCUCCGGUGGGGAAGAAGGUGACGGCACGGCCACCGUCGACUCUAUUGCCGGACAACCAGACUCCCAAUGCUAAGCCAGAAUCUGGGUAUCCGGAUGACAAAGAUCAAAUCAAGAAGCCCACCGAAGAAGAUCCUCAGAAUAGUCUUUUCAACCAGGUGUAUGAGUGGCUCCAACGGGAAAAGACCAAGCAGAAGACUCGCAACUUUAGACCAUCUUCCCUCUCCCAAACCGAUGGUGCCGUAAGUGAUGGGGACGACGACUAUGAUGAUUACGGUACCCCCUUAGAUCCGACUACCUCCCAGGGGUCCGACAGUCCGGUUGCCCUUGAUAAACUCGAGAAGAUCCUUCUUCAGUAUGCCACUUCUCGCUACGAGGAUGGUGUUGCGGGUGUUCAACCUCGUCGACCACGUCGACGCCACGUUAAGGGCUUGCGCAGGGGCUCUGCCUCCGAAUCGGACUACUUAGAUCCUGAGGCUGCCGCGCCUAGUGUUGAUGCAGCUUUGGAUAACUCCAAAACUCUCGCAUACACAGGAGGUGCCGCGGAUGAGGAUGACGAGGAAGGCGUGAAUAAAGCGCGGGCCAAGGACCGAGAGAACUGGUUGGUAUUCAAGAGCGAAAUCCUUCGCCUUGCGCACACCAUGCGGCUCAAGGGCUGGCGAAAGGUCCCCAUGGAUAUUGCGGGUGAUGUUGAGGUGGUUCGGCUCAGCGGUGCCUUGACAAACGCCGUCUAUGUCGUUACGCCUCCAAAGAACAUCCCUAUCCCCAAAGCUGAAGAUGGUUCUUACACUUUGGUCCCUAGGAAGCCCCCGCCGAAGCUCCUUUUGCGAAUCUACGGUCCCCAGGUUGAUCACUUGAUUGAUCGAGAGAAUGAGCUUCAGAUCCUCCGUCGUUUGGGACGCAAGAACAUCGGUCCUCGAGUGCUGGGCACAUUCAACAACGGUCGAUUUGAGGAGUUCUUCGAAGCCCGCACUUUGACACCCAAGGAUUUGCGAAUCCCCGAUACGAGCAAGCAAAUUGCCAAGCGGAUGAGGGAGUUACACGAGGGCAUUGAUCUUCUCGAGCACGAGAGAGAAGGAGGCCCAAUGGUUUUCAAGAAUUGGGAUAAGUGGGUUGAUCGCUGUGAGCAGGUGAUCAAUUGGCUGGACAAGGAAAUCCAAUCCUCGCACAACGAGACAAAGGCGCAAUCGGAGCCCUGGCGGCGACGAGGCUUUGUCUGUGGUGUCCCGUGGCCUUUGUUCCGGAAAGCCGUCGACAACUAUCGUCAAUGGCUUGUCAACACCAAUGGUGGAAUGCAAGAGAUCAAGCGACAGCUUGUCUUUGCUCACAACGAUACGCAAUACGGCAACCUUCUUCGAAUGGAGCCCAGCGGGGAGUCUCCGCUCCUCUUGCCUGCCAACGAGCACAAGCAAUUGGUAGUGAUUGACUUUGAGUAUGCGUCGGCCAACACUCCGGGCUUUGAAUUUGCCAACCAUUUUAGUGAAUGGUGCUAUAACUACCAUGAUGCAGAAAGAUCUUGGGCCUGCAACAACAAAUGGUAUCCUAGACCUGAGGAGCAACAUCGAUUCAUCUCCUCUUACCUGAACCAUCGACCUAAUUUUGGCUCGCGAUCAGCUACCUCUCCUUCUAGCACUCCAACUGUACGCGGUGCCUCGAACAUAGCCUCUCUUCCUCCUUUGGACCUUGAUGACUCCAACCCCCAAGCCCCGUCGAUGAAUGAGGUUGAAAAGUCGCAUGAAGACAGCCACGAAGCCGCUGUUCAAUAUUUAAUGAAGCAGACCCGACUCUGGCGAGUGAGCAACUCGGCCCAGUGGGUGGCAUGGGGAAUUGUGCAGGCUAAGGUCCCAGGAAUGGAAGAAGGGAUCGCAGCCGAUGCAGCUAAGGCCAAUGGUGAAGAUCACGAUGCGACGAACCCCUCGAGCCCGGAGAUAGCGCCGAGCUCUCCAGUGGAUGCUGAUGCCGAAGAAGAAGACUUUGACUACCUCGCAUAUGCACAAGAUCGGGCUUUGUUCUUCUGGUCAGAUAUUUUGUCUCUGAACCUGAUCAAGGAAGACGAGCUCCCACCUGCGAUGGUGGAGCACAUCAAGUCUCGCAUCAUCGAGUAUUGA